CGAAAUGUAUGACAGAGCUGUCUCAGCAGCUCAAGAAACUGGAAGAUGAAGCUGGAGAAGUCAUGAAGGACUGCCACGAGGCUGAGGCAGCACUCCCUGAUGUGCAGGAGCAGUUUCAGGCCAUAGUGAAACAGAUAAAGGCCUUACAGCAGCAGGAGCAUGCACUGCAGGAGGAGUCUCUGAGCGUCCGCCUUCGCAUCGAGCAGAUUGAGACCAGCAUCACAGAGCAAAACAACAAGAUCAAGCAUUGGCAGAAAGAGGCAUCUAAGCUCUCUCUUCAUUCAAUUGAGGACAAAUCAGCAGAAGAACUAAAGACAUUCACUCCUGAGGAACUAGAAAAAAUUUCCAACCCAAAUGACAUCAUCAACAAAAUGGCCACAUUAGAAACGCAGUGCGCUCAGAUGAAACCAAAUCUGGGGGCCAUUGCAGAGUAUAAGAAGAAGGAGGAACUGUACCUGCAGCGUGUGGCCCAGCUCGAUGAAAUCACAGCAGAGAGGGACAACUUUAAACGUGGCUAUGAGGAUUUGCGCAAACAGCGUCUCAAUGAGUUCAUGACUGGAUUCAACAUGAUUACUAACAAGUUAAAGGAAAACUACCAAAUGCUCACACUAGGAGGCGAUGCUGAGCUGGAGCUAGUGGACAGUUUGGACCCGUUUUCAGAGGGAAUCAUGUUUAGUGUCCGUCCACCGAAGAAGAGUUGGAAAAAAAUAUUCAACUUGUCUGGAGGAGAGAAGACCUUGAGCUCACUAGCAUUGGUGUUUGCUCUUCACCACUACAAGCCUACUCCACUUUACUUCAUGGAUGAGAUUGAUGCUGCUCUGGAUUUUAAAAAUGUCUCCAUUGUGGCCUGCUAUAUUUAUGAACAAACCAAGAAUGCCCAGUUCAUUAUAAUCUCCCUGAGGAACAACAUGUUUGAGAUUGCGGAUCGCCUCAUUGGAAUUUACAAAACCCACAACACCACCAAGAGUGUGGCCAUUAACCCCAAGACAAUUAUGUUCCAAGAAGUUGCUUAACCCAGUUUAUAUGUUGUACAUAUUCUCUUUCCUAUAAUGAAAAUGCUGCUAUUUUCUUACUCUAAUAAAGUUUGAAAUAUGUUUUUUA